AAACGUUUUAAUUGAAUUAAACAUAACAUUAGGUUUUUAUUAUAUAAGGUGAUCAAACAAUUGUCUACUUGUCACAUAAAAAGGUAGAACACAAUGGCUAAAACUCUUAAGGUUGUUUACACUGUGAUUCUUUUAGUGUCUCUAUUUCUUCUUUUAAUCACUGCUAGUGAAAAAAUGCCUUGUAAGAGACGCCGUGAUUGUAAAACAUAUCCAUGUCCUCAUCCUAAAGUCAGGGAUUGCGUUAAGGGUUAUUGUAAAUGUGUUGUUAGGAAAGUUAGGCGAUGACAAGAAAUCAAUGGAGCUUGUGGAAUAGAGGUGCACACCAUGUCGAGGAGCUCUCGCCCCAUCCUCAUGUUCAGAUGUUCUCUCAAUAAGCUUUUUAUUUGGGAAUAUCAUAAAUGGGUGUACAUUUGUCAUUAAAUGUGAAUCUCUUACCAGUUACUACAAAGAUAAUCACAACAUGUUGGUAAUUUAGUUGAAUGAGUUACACUUCCACAAAGUACAACUAUUAAUCAUCUUCUUCUCAUGAUUGUUACACUUAAAAACAACUUUAAUAUCUAUUAAUAGAGUGACUUGAUUGUAUCAAUUUUUAAAUAACUAAAAGGAUAUCUUUAUGGUCUAAAACAUUUCUUUACACAAAAUCUCAAACUUAGAUGAAAGGAAAUAAUGACUCUCUGUGUAGAAAAUCACUUAUAAUUUUAAUAUUCUCUUAGGUACCUAAAACUAGUCCUAGAUUGUAACACUUUCCUUAUCAUAAUUGCUUUGAAUCUCUGUCUUUCUGAUCCUUAAUACAAACUUUGCAAUUUCUUACUUAUUAUAAAAACUUCACACAUUGUUAUACUCUUACCGAAACCAUGCUAUAUGAACCAACAAUCAAGUUGAAUCUCUCUCUCUCUCACAUGAAACAUUGCAACAUACGUUUUAUCCAUUGAGCAAUCAUCAUAUGAAUUGAUAGUGACUAUAUAUGUCGAUAUGUGUAUGCAUUUUCAGCACAACAAGUGCUAUGAUACAAUCGUGUCCACUCACUCUACUUUUUCUAUUUAUUGCCUUGACGUGACUCCUAAGUCACAAUUAUGAAAUUGCCAAAAGUAGAAACUACAAAACCAUUCUUGUUCUUUUCGCAAAGUCACUACCAAAUGUUACUACCACAAUAUUUUAUGUAUAUAUAGUAACCAUUACUUAGUCUUUUCAAAGGAAACCAAGAAAGGUUUUUCAAAUGGAUCAGCUUUCAACAAUAGCUACAUUUGAAAAUGUGCAUUAUGGUAUUGUGAGCCAAAUGAGUUUUAUUUGGGAGCAAGUUAGGGUACCCCUUAUUGUUCCAAUGCUGAAAGUUUUAGUCUUUUUGUGUUUGGCUAUGUCAAUUAUGCUUUUUGUUGAAAAAGUUUAUAUGGGUAUAGUUAUAGUCUUUGUUAAGUUGUUUGGUCAUAAACCAGAUAAACAUUACAAAUGGGAGCCACUUAAGGAUGAUCUUGAGCUAGGAAAUUCUGCUUUUCCAAUGGUUUUGGUGCAAAUUCCAAUGUAUAAUGAGAAAGAGGUGUAUCAACUAUCAAUUGGAGCUGCAUGUGGGUUAUCAUGGCCAUCUGAUAGAAUUAUUAUUCAAGUUCUUGAUGACUCAACAGACCCAAUCAUUAAGAAUAUGGUGGAAGUGGAAUGUAAGAGAUGGGGUAGGAAAGGCAUAAACAUAAAGUAUGAGAUUAGGGAAAACAGAAAUGGUUACAAAGCUGGUGCACUCAAAGAAGGAAUGAAGCAUAGCUAUGUCAAACUCUGUGAUUAUGUUGCCAUAUUUGAUGCUGAUUUCCAACCUGAUCCUAACUUCCUUCACCGCACCAUCCCAUUCCUUGAUCAAAAUCAAAAGGUUGCACUAGUCCAAGCUCGAUGGCAAUUCGUGAAUGCUGAUGAAUGCUUAAUGACAAGAAUGCAAGAGAUGUCAUUGGACUAUCAUUUCCUUGUGGAGCAGGAAGUUGGUUCCUCAACUCAUGCUUUCUUUGGUUUCAAUGGCACAGCUGGUGUUUGGAGAAUUUCAGCACUAAAUGAAGCUGGUGGAUGGAAGGACCGUACCACAGUGGAAGAUAUGGACCUAGCUGUCCGAGCUGGUCUCAGAGGCUGGAAAUUUGUGUACCUUAGUGACCUUAAGGUGAAAAAUGAAUUGCCAAGUACCUUCAAAGCCUACCGUUAUCAGCAGCACAGGUGGUCAUGUGGCCCAGCUAAUCUUUUCAGGAAAAUGGCAAUGGAAAUCAUAAGAAACAAGAGAGUCUCUAUGUGGAAGAAGUUUUAUGUGAUUUAUAGUUUUUUCUUUGUCCGGAAAAUCAUAGCACAUGUGGUCACAUUUACAUUCUACUGUGUGAUUUUGCCUGCAACUGUUUUAGUUCCAGAAGUAGAAGUUCCUAAGUGGGGUGCUGUUUAUAUACCUUGCAUCAUUACACUCCUUAAUGCUGUUGGAACUCCAAGGUCAUUACACUUAUUGAUAUUGUGGAUACUUUUUGAAAAUGUUAUGUCAAUGCAUAGAACCAAGGCAACACUUAUAGGUUUGCUAGAGGUAGGUAGAGUAAAUGAAUGGGUAGUUACUGAGAAAUUGGGUGAUGUUCUCAAAACUAAAUCAGGAGGUAAAGCGGCGAGAAAGCCUCGUAUCAGGCUUGACGGAAGGCUUCACUUCCUAGAACUUGGUGUUGGGGUCUACCUCUUUUUCAUUGGAUGCUAUGAUGUUGCCUUUGGGAAGAAUCACUGCUUCAUAUAUCUUUUCAUGCAAUCUAUUGCCUUCUUUGUUGUGGGGGUAGGCUAUGUUGGCAUCUUUGUUCCAAGUUCUUAGAGGAACUCACUCCUGCAUGAUCAAAGUCAUGUCAAAUGCCAGUGAUUUGGCAUGCUAUUCACUAUACAAAGGAACAAAUAUGCUGUAGUAGUAGUUUCUUCUGAUGCAUUUGCCAUUGUUUUUAGUACCAUACACUAUUAUUUUACAACAACUAUUUGUAAUAGUUUGAAUUGUUUUGUCAAGGAAAUAGGCAAGAAAUAUAAAAGAAACAAAAAAAA